UUAUGCAUCAUAUAGCUUUUCAUGCCACUCCACUAGACAAUUAACAAACAAUUACGUGAAAAAUGAGGCACUUUUCUUACUUCCUCUCUUUCUGCCUCUUCAAUUUUCUGGUCAUCCCUCAUGGAAAAAGCUCCAACACUAGUGCAGUAUGUGUUGAUAUAAUCAACCAAACCUGCAAAACAUGUGCAGAUGAAUCUGCAUCGUUUAACUACAACUUUUGCUUAACCUCACUCCAAACGGUUCCAGUCAGCCACGCCACGAAUCUUCAAGGACUAGCAUUAGUUGCAAUGGAGUUGGCUCUACAAAAUGCAUCCAACACGGUAUCAAGCAUAAAAGAGUUGUUGACUAACACAACGUCUUUUGAUCCUUUUGCCUUCGCCUGCUUAGAGGAUUGCAUGGAACUGUAUUUGGGUGCGGUCUUGACCAUUGUAGACUCCGUUGGAGCCUUUUUGUCUGAGCAUUAUAUCAAUGCUAAGUUGUGGUUGAGCUUGGUUGUGGAAUCAGCAACAACAUGUGAGGAAGGAUUUGCAGAGAAGAAAGGUGAAGUGUCCCCAUUGACAAAGAAGAAUCACGAUCUCAUUCAACUAUGUAACACUGCAUUAUGCAUCAUCCACUUGCUAACUCAUGCUAUUCCUUCUUAGUUCGGGAAUUUAUAUUAAUUUUUCCACUUAAUUAGAACAUUUA